AAACCUCCACGACGGAGCACUGUGAAAUUCUCAAAAUUAAGUGUUUGGCCCGCCGGAUUUCGUGGUGUUUUCUACGACAAUGGAAUUUUUUCUCGAAGAAGGAAAGCAAGUUCAUGGCAAGAGCUCCACUCUGAUUCUGCCAGCAUUGUCAAUUGGGAAUGUGGGGCAGUUAGCAGUGGACCUGUUGGUUUCCACAAUGAGUGCAACAAGAAUUGGUUAUUUGGAUGACCCUUUUGUUCUGCCUUGUAUUGGUAAUAAUGCUUAUGAGCCAUUUCCCCAUGGGGAGCUUGCCCUCCCUCUUGAAGUUUAUGAAUCAACAUCUAAUGCAGUGACCCUUGUCCAGCAAAGGUCACCUGUUAUCAAGGGGAAAAUGGUCGAUUUUGCAAAGAACUUGGCUGAUUUUAUUGCAACUUAUGGGAAGAUGCAUGUUGUUCUGCUUUCUAGCUUAGAUUUUGGAAGGUGGCAACAAAUUGAUACGUCAAGUGGCUCGCAGAUUCAUUAUCUUUCUAGCACCAAUGAUGACGGAACUGAUGACAAGUGUGAACAAAUGGGAUGGAGAAGGCUGCAGGAAUACGACCCACAGCAGCGACGAUGGAAAUAUCUUAGCACGUUAACUGAAGCCAAGGCUACCCCGGAGGAUGACCUGCCUUUUGAUGAGGAGUUGGAGGAGGGAGACUACCUCCCAAGUCUACCAUUUGCCUCUCUCUUUACUUUUUUGAAGGCCAAAGGUGUGAAGGUCACCUGCUUAUUUUGUUAUUGUUCAGAAGGAGACAACAUAGCUGAUGCUUUCAAUUUGGCUGAGGCAACGGGCAAACUUCUGGGUCUGAGUCCCGGUGGCGAAGGCAUUCAAUGGCAAGUCCCGUUUUCUUGGAAGUCUGUUUAUGGACCACCGCCAGAUCUGUCCAUCUUCUAGACAAGGAUGGGUAGAAUGAAUCACAAGUGCCCAGUUGAAGAAAUUGAUCUGUAAAGAAGAAAUGAAAGGACCUCUCAACCAUAACAGGUGAAUGCUUCUCCCCUUUUGGUUAACUAUUCUACUUCAAUCCAUUUGAAAUCAGAAAUUUUCUGUCUUGGAGUCGUAUAUUCAUACAGUAAUUGCAGUUCUAAACGUAUUUUAGAUAAAAUGUUGAUUAAAUCUGUACUUUUCUUAACCA